AUGGUUUUGCCGAAUUCUGGACCUCCAGCAAAGCGUUAUGCACGACAAACUUCAGUCAAAGUCCCGAAAGAUGUUGAUGAUUCCAUGAAAAGGAGUGCCGCUGAGAAAACUGAUGAUUAUAUGGAAUUGCAAAGUGAAGCGUUAAAGCGUAAGGAUUAUCUUCGUGAAAAGGCAAAGACAGUAUCCCUGCCGACUGCCGACGAUGCAGCUCUAGAACCAAAGUAUAUGUUUAACGAGCAAAUGUUUAUCGCCUAUAUGUGUUAUGACUGCUGCCGUCAGUCUCGAAAUGAAAAAACAAUUCCAGUGGAAGGCGAUGAUGAGCGGGAGAAAUUGGUGUUGAAUUUGUGCCGGAUCUGCCGUGACAACCUCAAUGCACAUCGACGAACUCAGUUUUUCCACCACGUGUUGCCACAUAUCAAGGAGAAGCAUGACGCCGAAGAAUGA